GUGCUGUGCGUGACACAUCGGCGUUUUCGACCCGUUGAGGAAGUAUCGAAUUCCUAUCGAAUUCCAAAACCUCACACACUGAUUCGCUACUGAAUUUUACUGGAAAAUUGAAUGCGAACGAGGGAAAAUAAAAAUAAAAAAGAAGAGUUGCCGCGAAGGCUAAUACCGUGGCGGGCCUUAAAAGUUGCCAUUUGUUUCCUUUCCCAGUAGAACCUUAUAGAAGCCAACACCGGAGAACAACGGGAGAGGGAAAACAAUGGACGAUGAAAACAUGAGCGAGAGAGAGAGGCUGCAGAUCGAGCAGAUUCUAGAGCUGGAUCUCGAGGAAUUGCAAGUCGAGGAGGUCGAUGACAUUCACGACUCAUCCGACGAUGAUCGACACGCCACUGGUCAUGGUUAUGACACUGCUGGCACAGCUUAUGAAUUGACCUUCAACACCAGUUUGGCUUCUUUACAUACAUAUCUUGGUGACGUUGAAGACACACACCAUAGGGUUGCUUUUUUGGAUGGCGGUGCUAUCUUGAACCUUCCAAUGUUCUAUCUUGAAGGAGUUGUUCUGUUCCCCGGGGCAACCCUUCCAUUAAGAGUUAUUCAGCCCAAUUUUGUAGCUGCAGUUGAGAGAGCUUUAACCCAAGUUGAUGCUCCUUAUACAAUUGGUGUGGUUCGUGCUCAUACAGAUCCCAAUAAUGGAAGAAUAAGGUUUUCAAGCAUUGGGACUACUGCAGAAAUUCGACAAUACAGAAGACUAGAGGAUGGUUCGCUGAAUGUUGUUACCCGUGGCCAGCAGCGAUUUCGUCUAAGACAUCGUUGGAUUGAUGUGGAAGGAGCGCCAUGUGGAGAAAUCCAGAUCAUCCAGGAAGACACGCCAUUGCGAACCCCAAGGGAUGCAUUUGGAAAUAUGGGACCAUAUAGUAAUCGUCAGGGCCAUAGUGUACUGUAUAUGGGUCCAUCAAAUGCCUCUCAUGCUACAUCAUCACAUAUGUUUAGGGAUGUGGACAAGGAUUCUGAAACAGAUUCAGAUGAAAGCUUUGAGAGCGCACUUUCAUUAACAGAAAGGAGAGUUCACCAAUCUGCAAUUGAUUCUUGUUCUGGAUAUGAUACGAUUGGAGAAUCAGCAAGUAGUGAUGAUGAGAAGUCGGAAUCCAACCUUCAAAGAUCUCAUUUAAAUGACUGUGACUCCACCGGAUCACUGCUUUCAGAACCUGAGAAAGAAAAUUCUUGCUUAGGGACCAGUUCCAUCUUAGGGAUGGAAUCAUGCAAAGGGAAACAACCUUUGAGUUGUUUGAAACAUGCCAACAUCAACCAGCUGCGUUCAGUUCCAAAAGCAUUUUGGCCCCAUUGGGUAUAUCGCAUGUACGAUUCUUAUUGUCUUGCUCAAAAGGCAGCAGAUAUGUGGAAUCAAAUUGUUGGGAAACCAAGCAUGGAAAAUCUUGUGAAGAAGCCUGAUCUUUUAUCAUUUUAUAUUGCCAGUAAAAUUCCCGUGUCUGAAUCUACAAGGCAGGAGCUUCUGGAGAUCGAUGGCAUUUCUUAUAGGUUGCGCCGGGAAAUUGAGUUGCUUAAGAGUGUUGAUCUUAUUCGCUGUAGAAACUGUCAGACUGUGAUUGCUAGGCGAAGUGAUAUGUUGGUGAUGUCUAGUGAUGGUCCUCUUGGUGCUUAUGUGAAUCCACAUGGUUUCGUGCAUGAGAUUAUGACUCUUUACAAAGCUAAUGGCUUAGCACUUAUAGGACCAGCAGUGAGAGAGUACAGCUGGUUUCCUGGGUAUGCAUGGAGAGUUACAAACUGUGCCACAUGUGAAACACAGAUGGGUUGGCUUUUUACUGCCACAAGCAAGAAUUUGAAGCCUAGCUCAUUUUGGGGUAUCCGGAGUUCCCAGGUUUCCGAGGACAUGCACUAACAUCCAAAUUUUUAAUUGCUUCCUUGAAUAUUUCAGUGUAAUGAGUUUAGUCUGUAUAUUGUUGCGUGUGUCAACAUUGUCUUUAUCAAUCUACAUUGAACUCGUACAUAAUCAGCUUUUUAACAGCAUGUAACAAAAAUGGCGCAUGAGAGUGGCAGUUCUUGGCAGAAAAUUUUGGCAUUGGUGGUCAUUAACAAAUUUACAACCGCCAUACCUUCAUAUGUAUCAUCAUAUUUCUCAGUGUUAUUACUCAGUUUAGUUUA